AUGAAAGCGGCAAGAGCCCACCAGCCUACCUACCAAGACCAACAAAUACACUUCUAUCAGGACUUAGCACCGACCACACUGAAGAAACGCCGGGAGCUCAAGCCCCUUACCACAGCCUUGAUCGAAGCCGGAUGGCGCUACAUGUGGGGACACCCCUUCAAAUUGUCGGUGAAAAAGGGGGAACAAUCAUUCACCCUCCAUCAGGUAGCAGAUAUGCAAGACUUUGCCGACCAUCUUGGGAUAACCUUACGCUACCCAGCACAAGACCCCAACCAAGCCACGAAAGAGACUGCGAGCCGCAGAGGAGGGCCCCAUACGCUCCCAACACGCCCGCAACCUAAGCGAGGGUCCCCGCCAACGCAACCAGAGCAAGACGACAUGAACACCUGA